CUUCAACUUUCAGUUUGCGAUGACAAAUUUCGGAAAAAUGUGACUAAUCACUGCGGGGUAUUGCGAGAAUUUAGGUAAUUAAUUAUUAUCAGUUGAUGAUUUAUAAAGUCACAAUAAUAACUCCCAAAUUUAUCAAUGGAAUGAUUAAAUAUUGAAUUCAAUUUCGGUCUUCACGGACAGACAGUUUACAGUUGGAGAAUAGCUAGAUAUAGUACCGGUACUUAGAAUUUCUUGAUCAGUCCCACUCAUUGAUCUCUGUGUUUGCAUCUAGCUUAAUUGAGUGACUUUAUCUGAGAGUGAGACAAGUAAGUCUUGAGACGAGUGACUGACGGCCUCACUCACUGAGCAAUAAUUCAAUGAACAAGUCAAUUUAUUCAUACAGGUAUACUGAGAAACAUAAAGGAUUGGAUAAUACCCAUUUCUGAUAUAGGUUCAUUAGAUUUCAUCAGAAUCGGAACUACUGUAGAACUCGGUCAUUGAACUAGAACUCCUGAACAAGAAAUCGUUCAUUGAACUGAAGUACAUUCAUUGAGCUAGAACUCAUCAUCAAUGGAUAAACCAGAGGUCGAUCAAGCCAUUGCGUCACCUCCUGAGGAGACGGAUGGUAUAGAAGCGGAUGCCAGAGGGUCACAUAGAUCACCCUUCGCGCUCCUCCAUGACAACGCCAGCAGGACCAGAGAAAGAUCUUCAAAGGAAGAAACCUUUAGAUUCCCAGGUUUUCUGGACUCAUUGACAAAUGAAGACACUACCCGUCUACUCUACUACAAUAUGAACCACAAGAAACGUGGCAUGGCCGUUAUCUUUAAUCAUGAAAAUUUUGACUGGCGUACUGGAAUGAACCAGAGAGUAGGAACUAACCAUGAUGUUGACAAUCUCAAGCUUCAUCUAGGACGACUAGGAUUUCAGGUCUUGGUCUUCCAAGAUGCAUCGGCUAAAGAGCUUCGAAGGAAUCUUGAACUCGCCGCUAAAGAGGAUCACACUGAUUACGACUGUUUUAUGUGCGUGUUCUUAACCCAUGGAGAUGACGGUAUCAUAUACGCAAGGGACUCAACAUUGGAAUUACAAGAGCUCUUUGAGUUCUUCAGAGGGGAGAAAUGCCCAACUCUUAUAGGAAAGCCAAAGUUAUUCUUAAUACAGGCAUGUAGAGGAGAGAGACACGAGAUUGGUGUAGAGCCCCCCGAUGUUACAGAUUCCGCUGCACCAGAGGAAGAAUGGGUAACUGUAACGGAUAGCGGCACCAGACCAACUAUCCCCGCAGCAGCAGAUAUGCUCUUAUCAUACUCAGUCGUACAAGGUUACUACUCGCAUCGAGACACAGCGUACGGCUCGUGGUACAUCCAAGCUCUCGCCAAGGUGCUGGCUCUUCACGGUACAACCAUGGAAUUCACCGAGAUCCUCACUCUAGUCAAUCAACUCAUCUCGCAACGUGCCGUGGAACGCUGCUUAGACCAACGCAUGAUAGGCAAGAAACAGAUGCCUUGUUACAUGUCGAUGCUGACAAGGAAGCUGAUAUUCCAUCCCAAGAAAUGAUGUUUGCAAUCCCUUAUAUGGUAGUGUAGCACCAGCGAUAUCCGCAAGCACUAGAAACUGUGCAAUUCUUUUAUAAACAUGUUCCCCAUAUUGUCAAAGAAUGGUUGUUGAGUUGUGACCGUUUUAUUGUUUAUUACAAAAUUAGAUUUCUAAGUUCUAGGAAGAAGCUAAUGUUAUUAUCAACUUACUGUAGGCCCAUAUAAGACCCCUUACAUGUAUAUUCUUAGUUAUUACCUAAAUGUGCACCAUUGCCAAUGAGAUCACUUGAUGACUAUUAUAUUAUUUAUUUUUGUGGAUAUUCAUCAUUAGCAUUUGUAGUCUGGUGGUUAUGACUCAUGCCUUUUAAAGAGAGGGUCAUGGGUUCAAAACCUAGCCAUAAUGUCAUUCAGAAGGAAAUUUAUUCACAUUGUGCUGCACUCAACCCAGGUGAGGUAAAAGGGUAGCUGUUAGGAAUAUUCAUUCCUGAUAUGUUUGUAUCUGCGAAGGGUGUUGCAGUGGGGCUUCAGCCAGGCUAAUGAUGAUGAUGAUAAAUCAUAAUAGUAAUGAUAAUUAAUAGUAAUAAUAGAAAUAAUAAUGAUAAUUAAUAAUAAUGAUAAUAAUAUCAACGAUAAUUUGUGCUCUGCAGAGUGGCUACAAGGCAACUUUUUAAAGUUGCAUUCAUAUCAUUAUUAUGAUUAUCGUUAUUAUUACAAAUUUAUUACCACAAUAUUAAGAAAAACAAGGACAUGUAGGUUACAGUACACCUUGGGGUUCUCUCUCAGGUGCAUAAACAUGAUUAAUACCCUGAUCAAGCAAACACUCAAGCUGCUCUGACAGAGCUUGAAAAAACCCAAGCAAGUGCUUAAACGCACAAGCGAAAUGCUCGCUUUAUGCAUACGCUUUUUAUCAAUAGCUUAACCGUCAAGGAAAUGCUAGCAGUCUGUUAGCGAUUGCUUGAACUUACUAGCAAAAGCAUUUGCUUGCUCAUUUUUAUGCAUACGGAAUCAAGCAAAAGCCUAGCAAAAGCAAUUGCUACUUUUUAUGCAACUGACCCAUUGUAGCCAUGCUAAAGCCGGGAUAUCAGUAUGCAGCGCUUAGAAACAUUGUAGUAAGUGGUAUAUGUUGCAUAUUAAUAUUAUUGUUGUUAUUCAAUAUUGAUUUUACAUAUGCUUUUCCCUUAAUCGAUUUUUUUUUUAUUAAGUGAAUUUGAAUUCUAAAGACAUCUACUGAAUCUUAGAAAUAGGCGAUACAGCUUCAGGUAGAAUUGGUUCAAUAGACAUGUAGCACUACACUGUUGCUGAAAUCAGUAAAAAAAAAAUAUUUCAAAAUGUUACUGCUUGUGAAAAUUUUGAAAUGCCUGUAGAGUUACUUCCAUAUAUAGAUUGUUGAAAUGAAAAGCGAUUACAAGUAAGGCAUCAAAUCUGUGCAAUUUAUAUCUUUAAAAAUGUAGUAUCAAAUCAUUCAUUCUUACCAUUUCAUUUUUUAUGAAUUUAAUGAAAUUCUAUUCAUUUCCUGCCUAAUUUUUUUUUUGUUAAGGUAUGUGAACAUUUAGACAAUUGUCAAUACAAUGAGUAUUCACUCUCUUAUGUUCUAUAUGUUUGUUUCAUUAUGAAGAGGUACAUGUAAUGUCAAUGAUUGCAUUAAAAUCACAAGUUUUUUGUCAAAAAUAACUAUUUAAUCUCUUGCAAGAAAAUGCUGUGAAACUCAAGUCUUGUUUGUGAUGACUUCGCCAGCCAGGGUACGAGUAUGAGUAGCCAUUAUCAUUAGAAGUAAUGAAGUAUUAGUAGUAUUUUGAUUUGCAAUACAAGCCACUGCCUUUUAGUUCUGUUAUUUUCCUUAGUAAUAUAAAAGGAACGUUUAUAUAGAAGGGUAGAGACGUAAUCGAUUGUCCAACUAAGUAGCGUCCUGGAUGAUCGUGGUGUCUCAGCUGCAAUUUGCGCUUAUCAGUCCUUAUCAAUCACAGUUUGAAUUUAUUUUAAUCUAUUGCAGCUCUUUUUCAGACGGGUCUCGGAAGUUCUUCAUCUUUUUCCUUAAAAAAAACAUAUUUUUAAUAGCUUUCCCAAAGCUUUGAAUUUGUAACCCAGUUUUCUCAAGCUCAGUUUAACUUUGAUCAUGGUCUCUCUCUGUGGUGAAAUUAUGGGAAACCAAAAAACGCACAAAUGUCAUCAUUUUGUUUAUUUACAUUGUAUGAUCUCAUGAUUUCAUCUUCGAGAUAGGCUGUAGAGCCCUUUGAAGAUUAUAGCAGAUGAUGUUUACUGUGGUCUUUCCUCAUUCUUUAAUUAUGGGAAGCAAAAAACAUCAUUCUCAGACAGUUAGGAAUGAUUUGGGUGUCAAGUGAGCUGAUAAAUUGAAACUCUGCUGUUAGAGGAUUGUGUCAGAAUUGGCUGUCCAUAGUUAAUCCACAACUUUAGACCAGAGUUUAAAUUAAACCCGAGUUCUGAAUACGGACCAUCUUUUAUCAGUACAAUAGAUAGUUAUGGUUAUAGGCUAUGGCAAGCCACUCUGUCCAGUGCUGACAAAACCUGCAGAGAGCCUACAGUCCCAUACACAACUGGACAUGCAGGCGGGAUCAAGAAAUGUGUUUUGUGUUUGUGUUCCUAGAUAUCAGCACUUGCUAGCUUGAGAAACAAAACAAAAAUGCUCCUGUGAUUAAUAUGCAUUUGGUUAUAAAUGUGUCCAUAGAAAAUAAAAAAAUCAACAUAAUAUACAGUUGUGCUCAAAAGUUUGUAAACCCCACCAGAUGUACUCCUUCAUGCCGAGUGUUGAAUGUAAACAACAACACUACAGCGUUCGGCGGGCCCAGAGAGACAAACUUUAAUUAAUGUAAUAGUUUAUCACCUGACUUCACAAUUAAAUAUCUAAAACAUAGCAGAAGCUCGGAACACAUUAAAUAUGUUCAUUUUCUGGUGGGGUUCACGAAUAUUUGAGCAACACUACAUCAUGUACAGGUUUUUGUAUUGAUAUAGUGCUAUUUUUUUGCUGUUGCUUUCAUUUUAAUUCGAAAUAUAAUUUCUUCAUUGCCAUGUCAUCUUUUGCCUUCUCCAUGUUGCGUUAAGAAUGUGUGUUUGAGAUUUAUUUCUCUAUUUAGCUUGCUCUUGUAUUCAAAGUUAAUAUAUUAUUAUUUCACUGU